ACUGGAGCCGUACGGUACCCCGAAUUCUGCCCCUCUACACGCCAAUCACCCACCCCGCGUCACCACCUGCAGCCCGACGACCGUACAGCUAGCUUCACCGAGCUCCAAGUCUAACGUUGGCGAUCCAUCGCCAUACAUUUCAUCGAUUGUGUUAAUGUGUUUUGCCUGUGUUCCCGAAUCCUGUCCGUCGAAUCUCCAUCAACGCCAAGAUUUCUAUUAUUGAACCUCGAGUCUCAGCCACUGGCUACUGGCUCCUGCCACCUGCCGCCCAUCGCGGCUCGCUUCACCAUGGAGCAGACCAAGGCCCUCAACGCUCUCGAGCCCUUUUUAGCUCUCUCGAAAUCAGCCACAUCUCCACGCGCUGCCAUCGACCUCAUCCGGCAAGCGACCUCCGCCCCAAACACCUUCCUCUUCGCCGAACUCCUUCAAACGCAACCCAUCGCCUCGCUCGCCUCGUCACCCGAUGCCGACGCCAAGGCCGCACACGCCCUCCUGCGGAUAUUCUCGCACGGCACGUAUGAGUCGUACACCUCCACACCAGGGCUGCCGUCCCUUUCAGACGCCCAGACGGUGAAACUACGACAGCUUUCGCUGCUAUCGCUAGCCAGGGACCGGGACAACCUGGCAUACGGGGUCCUGCAGCAGAAACUUGGUCUCGACACACACCGUGAGGUGGAGGAACUCGUCAUCACGGCCAUCUACGCGGGCCUGAUCAAUGGCACCUUGGAUCCGGCACGACAGACGGUGCAAGUCACCAGCAUCGCCCCCCUCCGCGAUCUCGCCCCAGGCGCGGUGCCGCAAUUGGCCGCCACCCUCAAAGUCUGGUCUGAGCGGUGCACGACGACCCUCGGCGGCUUGGAGGCGCAGAUCACCCAGAUUCGACAGCAAGCUGCCACGCGCCACGCCGAGGAGAACAAGGCAAAGGCCAAGUUGGACAAGGCGAUUAGCGAGGUCGACGAGAAGGAUCUGGCCAUCAACAGGGCACAGGACGCUUUUCUCAGACCCAAAAAUUGGCAGCAACGAGCCCAGAACAUGGAGUCGCAAGGAGGAGAGCUGAUGGAGGUGGACGAGCCGUUGGGGAUGGACGACCAGCAGAUGCGACGAAGCAAGCGGAAAUGGUGAAACUGUGCCAAAAAGGAAGAUGCAACGGCGAGACGCAAACCAGGUUAGGAAGACGCGUGGUGCACAUGAAGAUAACAUAGAUGAUAAUGACUCAAGGGGUU